AUGUAUUUAAUACGGUGUUGUAUAGUUCUAACAGCUUGCGCGUGCGCUUCCGCGAUUGUCGGCCCGGUCGCUAAUGUCACCAAGUCCGCAACCAAAACUGAUACUUACCUCGAUGCCUAUUCGAAAUCUCGCGUGGAAGCUGAGAAGGCCAAACAGGGUGUCGUCAUCAUCACGGCUAAAGAUGGAGAGAAGAAGAUUUCAAACCGGGACGAUAGUUUCUCCGGGUACGAUUAUACCCCUUCGUAUCCUAGUGACAGCUAUUCUUCGGGAUCUAACGGUUACUUGCCGCCUUCGAGCUAUGGUCCGCCAGUGAAAUUCGAAUCCGAUAUCACGUAUAACUCACCGCCAAAUACCUACGGACCUCCUACGUCCAACUACGGUCCGCCUACGACCAGCUACGGGCCGCCGUCAUACGGACCACCAGCUCAGUCUUACGGACCACCGAUCUCGAAACCCUUCCCUCCGAUCUACGGGCCUCCUAAACCCUCGUACGGAGUUCCAUACACGGCACCAGGUCUAGGAUUCCUAGAUAAAUUAUCGCUGAAACUGGAUAUCCUAACGAUUGCGAAGUUAAUGCUAAAGUUCCUGAUUUUCAAGAAAAUUGUGACUAUGAUAGCAGUUGUGUGCAUGUUGCUGGUGAUACCUAAGUUGAUAUCUUUCAAGAAGGAUAAAGGCGGCGAUGGUAAUGAUGAAGAUGAACGUCAAUUUGCCAAUCGUAACUUGUUAGAGUUGACGUCGGCACAGCAGCUGUUGGAAAGGGCUAUGUAUGUAUACGGCAGCCAGCAACCGUCUUGCGGAGUCACGUGCCGCGUUCGGAGGGUUCUUGAUGAUGUAUACGAAUUUGAGCCUUAUUUCAGAACCGGAGGUGACGAAAUCACUGAUUCGUAA